UGCUCGUUAUGCAAAUAUCCUCGUUAACCCAUGGACCAGCACAUUUCUUCGAAGUGUCUCGGAUUUUCCUGUGGCAUAGCUAGCUAUCUAGCUAGCUUAGCUAAGUAUCCAAAAUUAGUUAAAUGAACUAUGUAGAGGUAGCUAGCCUGACUAACUACCUAACGUUUUUUUUCCUCUAAGUAACUUUUGCUUUGCUCGGUAGCUUAUGAGUUUCUGUUCUUUCCUUUAAAUGUAUGUGUGUUUUGGCCAAGUAUGGGGUGUGCUUGGGCCCUACUGUAUCAGGAUGAAAGCCGCAAGGUUUCGGAUCUCCCAGCGUUUACCAUGCUGUUAUUGUCAUCUUUUUGGAGUUCUUCGCCUGGGGUCUACUCACAACACCAACUUUGGUGGUCUUACACGAGACAUUUCCCAAGCAUACAUUUUUGAUGAACGGUCUGAUCCAGGGGGUAAAGGGUCUGCUGUCUUUCUUGAGUGCCCCGCUGAUAGGCGCACUGUCGGACGUGUGGGGUCGCAAAUCCUUCCUCUUACUCACUGUCUUCUUCACCUGUGCUCCCAUCCCCCUUCUGAAGAUCAGCCCCUGGUGGUACUUUGCGGUUAUCUCCGUGUCUGGAGUGUUUGCUGUAACGUUUUCCGUCGUUUUUGCCUAUGUGGCCGACAUCACUCAAGAGCAUGAACGCAGCAUGGCCUAUGGACUGGUCUCCGCCACCUUUGCGGCCAGCCUGGUGACGAGCCCGGCCAUCGGCGCCUACCUGGGCCGGGUGUACGGGGACAGCCUGGUGGUGGUGCUGGCCUCAGCCAUCGCUAUGCUGGACAUCUGCUUCAUCCUGGUGGCCGUGCCCGAGUCCCUGCCCGAGAAGAUCCGGCCCGCCUCCUGGGGGGCCCCCAUCUCCUGGGAGCAGGCCGACCCCUUCGCUUCCCUUAGGAAGGUGGGCCAGGACUCCACAGUGCUGCUCAUCUGUAUAACCGUGUUCCUGUCCUACCUCCCCGAGGCUGGCCAGUACUCGAGCUUCUUCCUCUAUCUGCGACAGAUCAUGGGCUUUUCUUCAGAGAGCGUGGCAGCUUUUAUAGCUGUCCUAGGAUUGCUUUCGAUCGUUGCACAGACUGUAGUAUUGAGUUUACUCAUGCGUUCCAUCGGGAAUAAGAACACUAUUUUACUAGGCCUGGGGUUCCAGAUACUGCAGCUGGCUUGGUACGGUUUUGGCUCCGAGCCCUGGAUGGUGUGGGCAGCAGGAGCAGUGGCAGCCAUGUCCAGCAUCACCUUCCCAGCCAUCAGCGCACUGGUGUCCCGCACAGCAGACCCCGACCAGCAAGGGGUGGGGCAGGGCAUGAUCACCGGCAUCCGGGGGCUGUGUAACGGGCUGGGCCCGGCGCUGUACGGCUUCAUCUUCUACAUCUUCCACGUGGAGCUGGACGAGGUCCCCGACACCAGCACAGAGCCACAGCACCCGCCACAGCUGGUCCAGCAGAGUGCCAUAAUCCCCGGCCCGCCCUUCCUGUUCGGGGCGUGCUCAGUGCUGCUGGCCCUGCUGGUGGCCCUGUUCAUCCCGGAGCACACCCACGGGGCCCCGCGGUCGGGCAGCUGGAAGAAGCACAGCUCUCCCCACGGGCACCCCCACAGCCCCCAGCCCCCGGGGGAGGCCAAGGAGCCCCUGCUGCAGGACACCAACGUGUGACACGAGCCCAACGCGCCCAGCACUGACCUCACUCACAAACGCGUCAGGUACUGGUGACAACUGAACCCAUACAGAGGAAUAGUGUACCACUUUUUGUUUUGUUUAUAUAUAAAGGAGUAUAUAUUGAAAGAAAGGUCUGUCCAAAGGCACUAUUGCAAAUGGUAUUGUAUUUUUUCAUUUCCUGAUUGUGUUUUUAAUAUUGGCACCCCCCCCCACUCCCCUGUUCUGUUUUUGGAUGACAUUUACAUGGGCACGGCUCACUCAGGGACACUAACCUGGUAGGACAGGGUUGUUUCUGAACACAGUGUGUUCAUCAAUCGAACGAAUGAGUUUCUGCAACAACAACAAAGGAGUUGGGGGAGAGUAGUCUGUCCCUCGGACGUUGUUGGCCUUUAGCUGCAGGGCUAGGGGCUGUGGGACACGCGGAGGACUGACGUACAGAAUCCCAUCCCAUGAGAAGCCUUAACUGACAACACCACUGCAGAAUGCAACGCGCGAAGCAAGUGGAAUGGACUUGGUGCAGCUGUAUUUUUAUGCACCUUCAUGUUGAUACUCAUAUCAGAGUUGUCUGUGCAUUUCUCCCCUGCCAUUUCAGUGAACUUUAUUGCAGUAAUUCUCUUUGGUUGUUCCACCUCCAGUUUGGUAACAGUUGGGAGGGCAAGGGUUGCAAAGGGGGGCGGGUUCUUUUCUUAUUGGACCAGCUGGAGAUCGUGUAGCUGCCGGGAGUGAACUGCAAUAGACGGGCAUACAUUGCUAAGUGUUUUUCUCAUUCAAAAGUGUCAAAGUGUACAUGGCCAAGUUGUAUACUGUUGCACCCAAUGUAUUUACUGCAAACUGUUUAGGAGCCUAACUUUUAACAGUGUAUUGCCUUUUAAACCACAUUGCAUCCACAUUAUGGACCUCAGAAACAAUCUGACAAGUAGCAUAGCUUUGGAAGAGUGGAAGAGAUGUUUUUAUCAGUGGCCUUCCUCAAGAACUUUCACUAAAAUGUCAUGUAAAAAAACAUGCUAAUUACCAAAUACCUAAACAAAUUGCAUAUUGGAGUUUGAGUUGUGAAUUUAUCUGAAAAUGUAUAGUAUUGUGUGCCGUUUUAUUUAAAAAUGCAUUUCCUGUAAUAUAUUGUGAUAGCAUAAAAUACUGUAUGCCGGUAUUUUUUUCAUUCAUGUACUGUGGAUUGUUUUGCUGCCUUUUAAAUUUCAAAACUAAGUCUUUGACUGAAGCUGUUGUAAAUAUAAUUCAAAAACGUAUUUCAAUAAAAUAUUUUAUUGUAUGGAACAUGGAAA